AGCCACCGACGGAGCCACCCCAGACUUUCUCUCUGCCUGCUUUGAGCUCAACAGUGCCAUGGGGAACUGUCUGAACCCGGUGAAUCCCUCCAUCUUAAUGGAUGACAACACAAGUCAGAUAGUUAUUGAAGGAUACAGCUGGGACGAAUUCUAUGAUGAGAAUGAGUCCCUUUCCUAUGACGGCAACCUGGAAGCAGCCGCCCCCUGCCACUCCUGUAACCUGCUGGAUGACUCCUCACUGCCCUUCUUCAUCAUCGCCAGUGUCCUGGGCAUCCUCGCAAAUGGAGCUGUCCUCUUCGCGCUUCUCAGACCUCUCUUCCACUGGCAGUUGUGCCCUGGCUGGCCUUUCCUGGUACAGUUGGCUGUGAGCAGUGCCCUCUUCAGCAUCGUGGUGCCCAUCUUGGCACCAGGGAUAAAUAGUGCCCACAGCACCACCCUGUGCCAACUGGGCUAUGGGGUCUGGUAUGGCUUGGCCUUUGCCCAGGCUCUGCUGAUAGGAUGUCGGGCCUGCCUGGGCCCCAAACUGGGUGAACACAGUGUCCCAGGCCUCACCCUAGGGCUCACUGUGGGACUUUGGCUAGUGGCUGCCCUACUGGUGCUGCCCAUCACCCUGCCUAGUGACACUUCCCACAGAUUCUGCUCCAGUAGAGGCCUGGGGACUUGGCAGUCUACACACAUUGCAGCCUGUUUUGCCAUCUUCAUUGUGUUGCCACUGGGUUUGUUGGGAGCCAUGGGACUGAAGAAGGCACUGGGCAGGGGGCCAGGCCCCUGGGUUGAUAUCCUGUGGGUCUGGUUCAUGUUCUGGUGGCCACAUGCAGUGUUUCUGGGAUUGGACUUCCUAGUGAGAUCCAGGGUCUUCGUAUUGCCAACAUGUCUGGCCCAGAAGGUUCUAGACCUGCUGCUGAACCUGGCAGAAGCCUUGGCAACAUUGCACUGCGUGGCUACUCCCCUGCUUCUGGCCCUGUUCUGCCACAAGGCCACCCGUACCUCCUUGCCCUCUGAACCCCUCCCUGCAAGAUGUUCUUCUCAUCUGGACACCCUUGGAGGCAAAUCCUAG